AUGAGCAUACUGUACAGGGUUUCGGCAAAACGUGAUUUCACCACCCAGCCAACCCCAGUCAUUUUGUGGGCGUGUAUGGGCGCGUAUGAAAUGGGUCAGUUAGAGGAGUUUGUUUUGUGGUUUAGAUCAUGUGGCCAUUGUAAAGUCGAAACUGUACCACCUCUCUGGCGUACUGCACAACAGCAACAAGGCUCAAGCGGCCAAACGAGGUAUGGCCAACUUUGUACUAGUUCCCCAUUCAACCAGACCUGGUUGCCUCCAGCCUUCAAGGCUGGUCUCAACCAGAUCCAGCAACGAUCUCUCCUCAUGUGA